AUGAAUUUUAUGUCGCUUUUCGGUAAGAAAGGUGCUAAAACCCAGACUCCACAGGAAGCCAUUCAGCGUUUGAGGGAGGUUGAAGAAAUGCUCCAGAAGAAAUCAAACUUCUUAGAGAAGAAAGUCGAAGAAGAAAUAACUACCGCAAAAAAGUAUGGCACAAAGAAUAAAAGAGCCGCUAUUGCUGCACUGAAAAGAAAAAAGAGAUUUGAAAAGCAGUUACAGCAAGUUGAUGGGACACUGUCAACAAUUGAAUUUCAGAGGGACGCUCUUGAAAAUGCUUCAACAAACACAGAGGUUCUGAAAGUGAUGGGUGACGCUGCCAAAGCUUUGAAAUCUGCUCAUAGUCACAUGAAUGUUGAUGAUGUACAUAAUUUGAUGGAUGACGUAGCAGAGCAACAGGAGAUUGCUAAUGAAAUAUCAAAUGCGAUUUCUAAUCCAGUUGGCUUUGGUCAAGAUGUUGAUGAGGAUGAUUUACUAGCUGAGUUAGAAGAAUUGGAACAAGAGGAACUCGACAAAGAGUUGAUAAAAGUGGGACCUGUCAUUGAAGACUUGCCCUCUGUGCCUAACCAGCCCAUCAACCCACAUAAAGCUGAUGAUGAUGACGACAUGAAGGAAUUAGAAAUGUGGGCCUCAUAA